GCUAGUCAAGUGGUAAGAGAGCUCUUAAAAAACACUCGAAAGGGUUGGGAAUAGUAAACAAACACUUGAAGAAUUGGAGAACACGUUGUGGUAGUUUAUACUCAGAAAAGAUAAGAAGUUCACAUUGUCAGCAGAAAAGAUGAGAAUAAAUCUAUUAUUUGCUUUCGUAUCUGUGGUCGUGGUUGUCCUGAGUUUGACGGUUCCAGCUGAUGCUGUGCAAUUACAUUUAUCCAAAAACACGUUCGACUCGGAGGAGCGGUACAAGAAGACCUCAUCCUCAUGGCAACGGAUCUCCUUCUGGGGGUAAGCUUUAUUUCCUUUCCCUUUACCAGGAGGGGCAAGGGGGGUGGCAAAGGUGCCCUUUCAAUUUAAAGGAUUGCCUUGGCGAAACAGCGAAUUGUCAGAAAUGUUAGUGCAAUUCUUUUACGAAUUUGCUUCAGAAAACGCAAGAAAUGCAGUCAUCGAGCUCCAAGAAUAGCACAAUCGCCUGGCGGAGAACCCCCUCACACCCCUUUCAUCCAAUAAAUAGAAAACAUUAUUAGGCGAAGUUCAACUCCCGAUGUUUUGCAAACAUCUCUUAGUAUAUAUCAAUACAAAAGUGCCCUUUCACGAUCCAUGCACGAGGGAUGUCGAGAGAGUUUCGGAAAGCGUAAAAAUACUCGAGCCGCAUCCCAAGUGCAUGGAUAACGCUAUCCUGCUUGGAAAACCAUUUGGUAAUUAUUUUAUAAAAUAACUACAGUGAAACAACAAUGACAUUUUGAGAAUCCCGCGAAGGCAUUUUAAUUCCUCGUACAGGAUAGCCUGAUCCUGCACGCGGCCAUUGACCAAUCAAAUUGCGUGUUUCACUGUAGUUAUUAUAUAAUGGCUCUUACUGCAUGAUCUCUAAGGAGAAUAGUUCAGAAUUGAUGGAACUAGUACAUUACUGGUCCUUUAUACUAAAUCGUGAAGACUAUUGUUUAGUGUAUGCAUCUUUAAAACUAGCUCACUGGCAUCGGUCGCGAACCUCGAAUUUUUUUGUCUUUUUAUGUUAUUGCAUGCGCGUCUGCACGGUCAUCUUCACGUUAUCUCAUGUUGUUUUUACCAAUAUAAAAUGAGAUAUCGCAGGUGAAUAGCGAUAUGCCAUGAUUAUCAAACUUAGAUCAAAUUGAAUUAAAAUUAUUAUGCCGUUCAAAAUUAUUAAUCUGUUACAACAUAUCAAGAUUGUGAGUUUAAAAAUAGCUUAGGUCUGCAAAAUUAUCAACAUUCGAUCAGGAUUGUUCAAAGUACAUCCAAUCCUAGGACCUGAUUAAAACUUCAUCCAGUACCCUAGGACUUGAUCACACUUCGUCCAAGCUUACGACUCAGUGAAGAAACUUCAUUCAGUCCUAGGAUUUGAUCAAAUUCAUCCUGUCUUAGGACUUGAUCAAACUUCAUCCAGUCCUAGGACAUGAUCAAACUUAACAUCCAGUCCUAGGAUUUGAUCAAACAUCAUCCAGUCCUAGGACUUGAUCAAAACUUCAUCCAGUCUUAGGACUUGAUCAAACUUCAUCCAGUCCUAGGACUUGAUCAAAACUUCAUCCAGUCCUAGGACAUGAUCAAACUUAACAUCCAGUCCUUGGACUUGAUCAAACUUCAUCCAGUCCUAGGUCUUGAUCAAACAUCAUCUAAAAACGUUGGCAGUGUGAUUCUAAUAAGAUAUCAAUAAUUGAUAUUCCAGGUAAAGGGAAAAUUCGUACCAGACAGACCGGAGCCGACAAGAGAAAUAAACGUCACCAAUUGUGGUUACUGGAUUAAAGAAAACGACAAGAAAACGUGGCUGAACUGGCAUGCAGGACUUGCAAAAGUUGACGUUGCAUCCGUGGUUGUCAUAUGUUUCAAAAUCAAUGUAGAAGAUGUAGUCUUGUCGAUCGUUUUUCUAGUCACCAGCUGAAAACCAUAGCGGGAGAUACAGUAGUCCAGAGAAAAUUUUACUGAAGAGAACCAAGAUUUUUAACCAUUUAGACUUGUCAUGAACUAUACUAGAGCAAGAAUUAAGAAUCGUAUAGAACGAAACAUAUAUAUUUUAGAAAACAUGAAGUAUAGAUGUGUUUGUGGAAAACAUAGUAUUUUAUGUCAAAUAUACAUAUGUAUAGAAUAGAAAAGGGAAAUUAAGUUGAUAAUAAAUGAGAUAAAAUAACUUUCUGCCGUGGUUUAUAUCUCAACUACCUGAAAAAGAUUAUUGAGGAUUCGAGCGCCUUUAUUUGAAGAUUGACUAUAAAAGGUAUUGAACCUUAAUUUCUGACGAAGGGCAGUUUGUUUGGCUCGAAAUCUCGGAAUAUUUAUCAAUCAUUUUCAGGCAGUUCAGAGCGGGUAAACUGCAGCAGAUUAUUGAUGCAGAAUGGUACCUAUACAAUGUACCUCGCACACGUUUCUCAACAAUAACAAAUUUUGUGUUUAUAACCGUUUAAUUUAUAAGAACUGUAUGUGAAAAACAGUAUAAUAGCCCAAAGGGCCCUAAAACGCUUGUAUUAAACAUUGUAAAAUCACCACCUGUAAAUAUCAUCAUUCAUAUAUGUUUAUAUAUCAUAAAUAAUUGUAGUGGGGAAUAAUGGUAUAUAUGUAAACUUAACGUGUAUAUUUUGGUUAUUGUAGAAAUAUAUUGAAGGGG